AUGGCGCGGCGGCGCGCUCGGGGGCGGGGCGCGCGCCGAUCCGGCUGGAUCCUGUUGCGGCGCCGCUGGCGCUGCUGGGAUGGGCAGGGGGGGCGGCUCCGCGGUGCAGCCGGGCUGAGGCUCGCAGGCAGCCGCAGCAGCGCUCGCAGCAGCCGCGCCGCACCGCCACCACCACCACCACCACCACCACCACCACCACCACCACCACCACCACCACCACCAGCAGCAGCCGCGGGGGUCUCGGCCGGGAGCCUCGAGAUGCCGAAGAGGAAGGUGACGGUAGCGGACGGGGACGCCCCCGAGGAGCCCAAGCGGCGAUCGGCGCGGCUCUCCGCGAAACCCGCGCCUGCUAAAGCGGAGCCGAAACCCAAAAAGUUGCCGGCGAAGGAUAAAUCUGAGGACAAGAAAGCUCUGUCAAAGGGGAAGAAGGGCCCUAAAGGAAAACAGUCAGAAGAUAUAAACCAAGAACAGACAAAGGACAACCUGCCUGCAGAAAAUGGGGAAGCUAAAACUGAGGAGACCCCAGCACCUGAUGCAGCUGCAGAGAAGGAAGUGAAGUCUGAGUGACACGUACUCCCAUAUCUCUAACUGGUGGUCCUUAAACCUUUCUUCUUGUACAAUUCAGAGGAAUAUUUUUAUCAACUAUUUUGUAAAUGCAAGUUUUUUAGUAGUUCUAGAAAACACGUUUUUAAAAAAGGAGAGAAUCCCGACUCAAUCCAUUUUUUUACAUAUUUAGAUAAGUGUAAAUGCUUUUUUUAAGUGGUAAAAUCAUUUACUGGUUGUCUGUUUUCUAUGAAACCAGAAAUUAAUGGCGUGUUAAUUAAGGAGAGGGCUUUGAGGCCUUCAGUAGGCCUCAUGUUCUACAGACUCCAAGGGACAGUUUUCUAUCCUAUAAAAUGAAGCAUAACACAGAACAGAUUUUGGAAUUUGUAACAAUGUGUUGAGAAUGUCUUAACAUUUUAGUUAUUUAUCUUUCUGUAUGGUUGUACCAUCAGUAGGAUUGCGUAUCUAAUAAAACUGCUCCCUAGUGGUGGAUUUCUUGCUGAGUGAUGUAUAUCAGUGACAAAGUUAUUUUUGGUAGUUGCAGCUUUAUUUUUUUCCCAACAACUUUGUAGUUGUGAUGCAAAGGAUUGGAAACUUUUAUUUUGUAUCUUUAAAUACUCUCUUAAGUAAAAGUUUCUGCUUGGCAGAUGGAACUUAUGUCAAUAUUUCAGAUACUGGAACUUCACAUCUAGUUUUAAAGAUUGCUUAUCUACAAAGAUUGAGUGAAAAAGGUUUGAAAUAGUGCUAGAAAAAAAAACAAAAUUAGUUUUUAGAUUUAAAAAGCUCUGUGAAUAAAAACAGUUGUAAAACUGUUGAUAGUGUUUG